AUGUUAGAUGUUAUAGAAAAGGUAAAGAUCUUCAAUCGUGACUUAAAAUGUAUAUCUGAUGAUGGUGUAUGGGUAGGUGGUUCUUCUAAAACUAUUAAAAAUAUGCAAACUGGCAUCGAAAUACAAACUAGUUGUCCUGUAAACUCGAUGAAGUCAUUCAACAAUAAAGUUCUGUUUGGCUUGGCAGAUGGAAGACUAGGGCUGCUGGAUGAAAGAAAUGCUGUGGAGUAUGUAAAUUUGCAUGAUAAAAAUAUAUGUACGAUAGAUUGCUAUGAAAACUUUAUUUUGUGUGGCUCAUGGGAUCAUUUGGCAGUCUUAUUGAUUCCAACAGAAAACGAUAAGUCAGAUGUUUGCCUAGGUGGAAACUUCUAUAUUAAACAAGUUUUUCAACAUCCACAAACAGUUUGGAAGGCUAUUUUCAUUAACAAAAAUACAUUUGCGACAGGAUGUGCCGACAAUGCUAUAAGAAUAUUUAAAGACAAUGUGCUAUUUAAGGAAAUGCAUUGCCAUGCAAAUGUGGUUAGAAGUCUUUGUUUCAGUGAUAGUAUUAUUUACAGUAUAGAUAACUACGGAAAACUGUUAAAAAUUACUAUGCAGGGUGAAAUAUUAAAAAGCCGCAACCUAGAUGAGAUGUGCUUUGACAUUUGCCUAUAUCAAGACAUUAUGCUGAUCUGUGGAGAUAACGGCAGAGUAUUUGCAGUUGAUAAAACCCUUCAGGUAUUAUUCAGCAAGAAAUUGCCAUGCCCAACAUGCUGGAGUAUCAGAGUUGUCAAGAAUAGAAUAUCUAUUGCAGGCAGUGAUGGAACAAUGUAUUUCUUAACUGUCAAUGAAGAUGAAAUUGUUGAAGAGGAUAGUACAGACACGGACAAUCAAUCUAACCAGCUACAAAAAACAAAUUCCAGUCACACAAAUGAGGGUGUCUUUGUUUCGGAAGGCGUUAAAUACAAAGUAGAAAAUAGUAAAAUCUACAAGGAAUUGGGAUCUCGAUGGGUGUUGGUUGGAGAUGCACAAGGAAGCUAUGAUCACUCGUUUGAUGUAGAACUAGGAGACAAGAAAUACGUACUCUCAUUCAACGAUAACGAAAAUGUCCACGAGGUUGCUUCAAGAUUCAUACAUGAAAAUAAAAUUAACCCAACACAUCAUCAAGAAAUUGUAGACUAUAUUAACAAGAAUUACAAAAGAUCAACUCUGUUUAAGAAAUAUGAUGCUAUAAAUAUUGAAGGAAUUUCAAAGCUCCUUCCGGACCAUCCCAUCGUCUCUACUAUCAGAGAAAUUGCAGGAGGUGCAAAGUAUUCAAUUUUAAAAUGCAGGAAGAAGAAUGUUUAUCAUGUAGAAGACUUGCUUUUCAACUUUACAAGCAUUCCGCUUUUUGUAAUUUUAGAUAUUUGUAAAUAUCUAUACUGCAAAGAAAUAUGGAUUGAUCUCUCUUUUUUGUUUAAUUACGAAUUUCAAAAUAAAAAAGAGGCCAAGGCAUUUGUGUUUUUGAUGACAAAUAUGGUUGAGGAUCCUCCAUUUGAUCUCUCGAAGCUUAAUGCAAAAGUAAAAAGACUAAGAGACCUUGGAUACUUGACACUUGAUGAUGUUUUGAAAUAUAAUGAUAACUGUCAAAUUAAAAAUCAAUACGGAGAAAAUAAAAAUUAA